UGAGUCUCUCCAUUUUCACUGGAGAGUCUUCACCGCAAUCACUGUUUCUCCGAUCGCUAUAUCUCCGGUAUCCUCUUCCCCUGCGAUUUUUCUUCUUCACUUUUGAACUUUCUAUUUGCUUUCUGCCGUCUGUUUACAGGAUCGGCGACGCAUUCUGUGGUGAGAUCUCGGUGUUGUUGUUUGGAUCUCUGUUAGCUAGUUCUAACAGUGAUGUCGAGCAAUGCUCUUAGAGAUCUCAAUAGCGUACCUGCAUCUGAAAGGAAGAAUGAUGACUCCAGUAAAGGCUGUUUUACGAAGCCUUGCAAUGGCAACAUGAAUGAAAAUGUUGAAGAGAAGCAUAAUAAGAACUCUCCUCUCAUUAAUGUUAAUGGAAAUGAAACUGUAAAUGCUGAUGUAGUGGUAGCAAAUUCAGAAGUAGAAUACAUUGAAUCUGAGAACUUGAGUGAUCUUGAAGACAUUGAUACAUGUCUGAAGAAUCUCCUACCUGGACUUGACUCUAAAGAUUGGGUUUCAGUUGUUGAAGCACUCAAUAAUGUACGCAGGUUAUCAAUAUUUCACAAGGAAGUGAUGUUUGAUAUGCUGGGAGAUGUGAUACCACUCAUGGUUAAGUCUUUGAAGAAUCCAAGAAGUGCCGUUUGUAAGACUGCCAUUAUGACAUCUGCAGACAUUUUCACUGCAUAUAAUGAUCAUGUAGUUGAUUCAUUGGAUCCUCUGCUUGUACAGCUUCUUCUUAAAUCUUCACAAGACAAAAAGUUCGUGUGUGAGGCAGCUGAGAGAGCUUUAGAGGCAAUGACCACUUGGGUUUCCCCUAUUGCUUUGUUACCAAAGUUGCAACCUUAUCUUAAAAACAAAAAUCCACGAAUUCGAGCAAAGGCAUCAAUGUGCUUUUCUCGGAGUGUUCCCCUACUGGGUGUUGAGGGAAUUGAAACAUAUGGAAUUGACAAAUUGAUUGAAGUAGCUGCUUCCCAGCUCAGUGACCAGCUUCCUGAGUCCAGGGAGGCUGCUCGAACCCUUCUUUUGGAGUUGCAAACUGUAUACGAGAAAUCCCACAGUCACUCAUCAGCAACAGUACCUGAGCAUCCAGAGAUUGGCUCCUGGGAGCACUUUUGUCAAUCAAAACUCUCUCCUUUAAGUGCACAGGCUGUGCUUCGUGUCACCAACACCAAUGUUACUCGAGAGGGUCUCGUUGUGGGUUCCUAACACAAGUUACGUGGUCCAUAUAUGAGCUUUUUGGAAGCACUGUCUUUAUUUUACCUACACAUAUGAGCUCUAGCUAGCAGAGUCUAUAAUUAUUUUCUGUUGCCUUGGUUUCAUUUCAUCCUUUUUUCUGUAAAUGCUCUUGAAACAUUGAGAUAUCUGCCAUUGUUAAGAAAUUAGUCGGGUUGCAAUCCUAUGGACCUUUAUUCCUUUUGCUUGAAUUUUUUUCACACUGUAAGCAGAACUGAGAUGAUAUACCUGAUAAUUAUGUUUUUUUUGUAGAAAACUGGAAACUGAGUGAUUAUUAUUAGG